AGGCACUGAUAAGCGUCAGCAUGCGCGGGGCACGGAUAACGUCUUCUCGUCAGAUGAUCGAUGACGGGUCCCGCACCGCUCGCUUAUGGAGUUGAGCACCACUGUAUCUCAGCAACGCUCACUCUGAUCACAUCUCAUCCCCAGCACACAUAGCACACAUGAGCACGAGCUGGCCGGACCUCCCGGACGAGUGGAUGCCGACGCCCGCGCCGGCCGAGGUGCGCGAGAAGAAGGCGCGACUCCGAGGGGCGCGAAGACGAAGCAAAGGACGUCAAAGGCGACGGGCAAUGGGCGAGCAUGGGCGAGUUGCUCAUGUAGUUGUGUGCGCCCGCAAGUUGCGUAAUGCCGGAAAUGAAUGAGACGAUGAAUGAACUUGUUGUUAUAAGCGGUCACUUGUACUCUCACUGCUUAGCCUCUACACCCCUCCCUCCAUCCCAGCCCAACUCCCACCCCAUCCCACCGUCUAAUCAGCCCACCGCCAUGAGCUCCAUGCCCGAACUCCGUGAGCGACCCGCCCCCCACCUGACCCCAGCGGACCAGUGGACGUCCACGGCCGAGAAGGACACGGAGGGGAACGAGAAGCCACGCCCGCCACGCUAUCGCGGUGCGUGCGGCCGUGUCGGGGCUGACGGCAGCGAAGCGGCAAUACACCGGCCGCGAGCAGGAGGCCGAGGAGGUCAAAGGCGAGGGGCAGUGGGCGAGCCUGGGCGAGCUGCUGAUGUAGCGGGCGGGGUCGUCCGAGAUUAUGGCCUGGGCUGGACAAGCGUGAGGUGUGCGAGAUAGAUCUUGCAGCGCGAUCCCGUG